AUGAUGCGAGUGCUCGAGGCCAACGCGCCGCCCAAGCAGACAGCCACGGACACCAUCAGCACGCUCAGCAGCCGCCUGCAGAGCGCAACCCUCCUUGAGGACCGUCGCGCCGCCAUACUCGGACUGCGCAGUUUUGCCAAGGAGUACCCGGCCUCGGUCGCCUCAGGCGCUCUGCGCGGCCUGAUUGCAUCGCUCACCAAAGAUGCAGACGACGUGGACACGCUCAAGGUGGUGCUGGAGACGCUGCUGGCGCUCUUCCACCCAAACGACAACAGCCCGGAAGCCUCCGACGAGAUUGCCAUGUGGCUUGCAGACGAGUUCACCAUGCGCCAAGAUAACAUGACCAUCCUUCUCGACCUCCUCGAGACACCCGACCUCUAUUCCCGUCUGUACCCUCUCCAGUUGAUCCGAGCCUGCGCCGAAGCACGACCAGAACGGACCCAAGAAUGCAUCCAGACAGCACCCAUGGGCACAAGCCGGCUGGCCACUAUGCUGGACGAUCCCCGAGAUAUCAUCCGCAAUGAGGGUCUCGGUGUGCUCUCCGAUCUCACACGCUCCUCGCCCGAGCUGCAGAAGAUAUUCGUAUUCGAGGAUGUGUUUGGCAAGGUCUUCAACAUGAUACACGGCGACGGUGGCCUCACACAAGGCGGCAUAGUCGUCCAGGACUGUCUGUCCCUACUGGCGAACCUCAUACGAUUCAACACGUCCAAUCAGACGUACUUUACCAAGAUGGAGUAUCCCGGUCAAUUCGUCAGACUGCUACCCGCUGGAAAGAAGGCGAAGAAGACAAGAGGUGCGCCUGAGGAAGAGGACGACUGGGUCAGCCCGCAGAGCGACAAGAACGUCUGGGGACUGCUGAUUAUCAUGCGCAUGUUUCUUGUCAAGGGCAGCGCAGCAACGCCACAGAACCAGACCGCUUUCGUCCAGUACGGCCUUGUCAGACAAUUGCUGAACAUUGCGUUCGACCCAGCCACCACCAUGCUCAUCAAGGUCGAGGCUUUGAGUACUUGCGCAGACCUGAUCAGAGGCAACCCACGCAUGCAGGAGGGCUUCGCACAAGAGCAGGUGCGGCCUUUCAUCCAGCCUGCUACAAACGGUGCGGCCACUCCGAACGGUGUCGCAAACGUAUAUGUUAUCGAAGCGCUGCUGAAUCUCGUUUUAACGCCGGCCUCGAACGAGCUCUUCGACAUGCGCAGUGCGGGUGCAGAUUGCAUCAAGGCCUACUUCCACAACCAUCCCCAGAUCCGCGAACACUUUCUCAACCGCGCUAUUGGUGGUCACGAGGCUGGUGACGAGACUCAGAAUGCCCUGACAAUACUGCUAGAAGGAUCGCAGGCCUCGCCUGGUGACCCCUAUAGGUUAUGGUUCGCGGCUACCUUGAUCUUCGACCUGAUCUUCGACAACUUGCAAGCGAAACACACACUGAUGCAAGUAAAAGAAGGGGACGCAGAAAAUGGAGAAGAAGUCGUAACGUGCAUACAGACGCUGACUGCAAAUCUGAUCGCGAGCUUGCAGCUUGAAGAAGACGAGCGGAUAUCCAUCGCCUACCUCAUGCUUCUUUUGGGCUGGUUGUUCGAAGAUGCUGCAGCGGUAGACGAUUUUCUUGGCGAGGCGAGCAGUUUGCAAAGCCUCGUGCAGGCUGUCUUGAGGCCAGGAAGCAACCAUACUAUCAAUCGCGGCCUUAGCGCAGCGCUGCUCGGCACCAUCUAUGAGUUCUCGACAAGAGACUCACCAGUCCCACGCCGCGACCUGCAGAACACCCUCACUGGCAAGCUCGGACGCGAGAAGUAUCUGAACGCUAUCACCGAGCUACGCAAUCACCCAUUAAUCCGCGACUUCGAGGUUUUACCUCAGCGAGGCGGAGCUGAAGGCGGUCUGCCCGAUGUUUUCUUCGUUGAUACAUGUGUCGACUUUCUCAAAGACAACUUCAGUCGCCUUACCCGGGCGAUCGACCGCAACCCGAACAUCGAGCAGCAUCGAUCGCAUGACGGGGUCGAUCGCGAUAUAGUUGAUUCGUUACGGGGCGAGAUUGACGGAAAGGAGCACAGCAUUCAAGAGCUGAAAGCGCAAUUAAUGGCACUGGAGCAAAAGCUGGACCAAGAACAUGCUGACCACCGCAAAACACAGCAAGCAGCCGAUGAGCAAAGAAACACCCUCAAGCGCAUCAACGACAAGCUGCAUAAUGACCUAGACACCGAGAUCAAGAACAAAGAUCGCGAGCACAACAAGAUCACGCUGGAGUUGGAGAACAAAUACAACCUUCAGGUUGCAGCUCUCAACAACAAGCUACAGCAGGCAGCGAAAGAAUCAACGCUCGCUGUAUCACGGACGAAACAAGAGUACGAUGAGAAGCUGCACGAGACGAUUAGAUCGCGCAUCGAAGUCGAGCAGAGACUUGAAUUGGCAGAGAAGACUCGUUCAGACGCUUUCGAAAAGAUCCGUAGCCUCGAGCAGGCUCAUCAACAAGCACGCAACGAGCUUUCGUCCAUCAACGAAGUACUACGCAAAGCACAGGCACAAGCUCAGCAGCACAAUGCUCAGAUACAGCAUCUAACAGAGGAGAACGAGUCAUUGCAGUCGACAAUCGACAAGCUGGAGUCCGAACAUCAUACUGCUCUCGAGAAGCUCAAAUCUGAGCACCAAGCCUACAUUCUUGAAUUGGAGGCUGCGAACGAGGCCGCUAACCAGAGUGCGCUUGACAAACUUAAGUCUACACAACAGAGCACCACCGACAAACUUGCGUCCUCGCAUAAAGCCGAGCUUGAGAAGCUGAGAGCUGAUCACAAAUCGGCAAAUGAGAAAGUAUCCAAGCAAACUACGGACCACAAGGCUGCGGUGGAUAAGCUCACCUCUGAAGUCACCGAUCUCAAAACAAAGCUUCAAGACCAGACAUGGAAGGCCACCGAGGCACAACAGAAACUUGCCAAAGCAGAAGCUGCGACCAAGGAGGCACAGGAGAAACUCAAGAAAGCUGAGGUUGCUGCAAGAGAGUCAAGUAAGGAGGAAAGCAAGACGGACACCAAGGCUGCAGACGUUAGCAAGAAACUGAUUAAAGAUUUGCAAGACAAGCUCAAGAAGUCCGAGGAGGCGGAGAAGGAGAAGCAGACCGAGCUUGACGAUUUGCUAGUCAUCCUCGGUGACCUCGAGGAGAAGAGGAGUACGGACAAGAAACGACUCAAAGAACUCGGUGAAGAGGUCAGCGAUGCUGAAGAUGAUGAUGACGAAGAGGAUAAUGAAGAAGAUGAGUAG